GGCUGAGGAUGGCUGCGCCCGGCUACUUCCCGCUGCUGGUCGAGGGGUCCUGGGGUCCCGAUCCCCCGAAGAGCUUGACCACCAAGUUGCAGUUGUACUUCCAGAGCCCGAAGAGAUCGGGAGGCGGGGAGUGUGAGGUCCGACAGGAACCCGGCAGCCCGGCCCGCUUCCUGGUGCUCUUCCACCCGCUUGACGUUCGGCAGAAUGUUCUGGAGAGAGAGAACCACGAGUUAGCAUGGCCCGGAAAAGGAACAUUUAAGUUAACGGUCAAGUUGCCUCCAGCCCCAAAUGAAGUCCAUGAUGCCGCUAAGGAGAAAAUUCCAGCAAAUGAAUCCAAGACCAAAGAACAUGCCAAAGAACCCGAUGCAUCAGAAGAUACAGAAAUGUCUGUCAACAGAAGAUCAGAAAAAAUGGAAGAUAUCUCAGAGCAAUGUGAAAAUAUUCCCUCUUUGGUUGCGUUUGAAAAUCUCAAAGCAAAUGUGACUGACAUGAUGCUAACCUUGUUGGUGGAGAACAUAAGUGGCCUGUCCAGUGAUGAUUUUCAAGUGGAAGUAAUACGCGAUUUCGAUGUUGGCGUAGUUACCUUUCGAAAAUACAUAGAUGCCAUGAAAUUUGUUGAAGAUUGUGCCAUGCACCAUUCAGUGACACGACUUCAGCUCUCUCCAAGACUUCUGGAACCGACAAAAACAAUCAGGGUUGAAAACCUGCCGCCUGGUGUUGACUCCUAUAAUUUGAAAUGUUUAUUUGAAAAUCCUCAAAAUGGAGGGGGAAGAGUUGUCAGUAUUGAAUGUUUUCCUGAAGAGAGUUCAGCUCUGGUAGAAUUUUUUGACAGAAAAGUGUUAGACACCAUCAUGACCAAGAAGCUUGACCUCAAUAAUAUGCCGCUCUCCGUGUUCCCAUACUAUACCUCUUUGGGCACAGCUUUGUAUGGAACGGAGAAGCCUCUGAUCAAGCUUCCAGCACCAUUUAAAGAACCUUUGGAUCUUUCUUUAUGGAAGUUCUUACACAAAAGGAGUCAUCUGAUUGAGGCGAUAAAUGAAGAAGUGAGACGUUCUCACUGUGAGCUAACAUGGUCCCCACUCAAUGGUGAAGUUACCAUCAGACCUGCAGCCACCUUAGUCAAUCAAGGAAGAAAAAGAAUCAAGAACUGGAAGAAAGACGCUUCCACAGCCUUCUUCAGCAUCAGGUCUAGAUUUAAAGUCACCCCAUUUAAAGUGGAUGCAGUAGUGUGGGACAUCAUGAAAAAUGACUUAGGAGAUGAAAGAGUUUUGAUUGAGUUUGAUACAGAUAUGGGGAUUGUAACCUUAGUGGGGAAAUCAGAGGAUGUAGAAAACAUUGAGCCACAAAUCAAGGAAUUAAUAGAAAACGCCACUCAAAAAAUUAAAAGAGAAGAGCAAAGUCUGAAGGAGAAAGUGGCCAUUUCUCCAAGAAAGUAUUCUCUCUUGUGCCACAGCGGUGUACAGGAGCGUCUCCGCAGGGAGUACCCAGAGAUGGAGAUUUUUUAUGACGAAGCCACCCAACACAUGUGCUUUAAAGGACUCGCUAUAGAUGUGUAUAAAGCAAAGUGUGAAGUCCAGGAAAAGAUGUACACCAUGGUUCAGAAAAGCAUUCAGCUUCCCCCUGAGGUUUCCCAGUUUUUGCAACAGGUCGACUGUUCAGAACUCUCCAAGUCUCUUUUGAUAGCACAGAAAAUUCUUGCAGUUUAUGAGCUAGAGGGCACAACUGUUUUCUUAACCGGCUGUUCUUCUGAAGUCCUAGUAGAAGCUGAAAAGCAAAUGGUCAGUGCCCUAAGUUAUAAGCGCAUAGACAUUGAGGACAGGGAAUUUCUUAACAGCAGGAGAUGGAAAGCCAUCACUAACAAUUUGCCUAAGAAACAUAAUUCCUCCUCAAAGACUGUAACGAUCAAUGAGUUAACUUCAGGAACCACAGCUGAGGUCAUUAUUGCAGGCUGCGUGAGAGAAGUAAAUGAAAUCUACAACUUCCUUUCUGACUUUGUGGGAAAAAACAUGAAAAUAGAGAGAUUCCUUGAAGUAAAGCCUCCCUUAGUUAUUGAUUAUUUAAAGGCAGAGAAGAAGCUAUUUUUGCAAAAGAUAAAGGUGAACAAGCUAAAUGUUCAGGUAGAUUUCAAUUCUAGGAACAAACCAAAAGGCAUUUUACUAACUGGCUCAAAGGCCGAAGUCCUAGAGGGAAUGAACAUCCUCAAGCAAGCCAGGGAUUCAGUUUGUGUUCAAAGCAUCAGUAUUGAUAAGCCAGGAGCCAGCCAGUCCUUCCAGGAGAAAUCAUGGUAUUACAAACGUGAGGUACGGUCAUUUGGUUGUUUUGUGGAACUACUGCAGAAUGAAGAACAGAAGGAGGGAGGUGGCAGUGAUGGGCAGAAAUGCUCCUGUCGGACAGAAUUGGCCCCUGGAGUCUCCCUGAUUGUACAGCAAGGCGACUUGACACGGUUUCCUGUUGAAGUGGUGGUGAAUGCCGCAAAUGAGAACCUCCGUCUCAGUGGGGGCCUGGCUGCUGCUCUUUCAAAGGCAGCUGGCCCUGAGCUCCAAGCAGACUGUGACCGGAUAGUGAAGAAAAAGGGUAAGAUCCCAACUGGCCAUGCCACCAUCUCGAAACCAGGGAAGCUCCCAUACCACCAGGUGAUCCACGCAGUAGGACCCAAGUGGGACAGCAAUGAUGUUUCAGGGUGUUUGUUACUGUUAAAGAAAGCCGUGAAAAGAAGUCUCUGUUUGGCUGAUGAAUUCCAGUUCCAUUCCAUAGCCAUCCCUGCCAUUAGUUCUGGAGACGGUGGCUUUCCCUUAUCCCAGUGUGUGGAGACCAUUGUUUUGGCCAUCAAGGAAACCUUCCAGUAUAACUCGGCUGGAUGCACCUUGAAAGAGGUUUACCUUGUGGAUUUAGCUGAGAAGACUGUUGAGGCCUUUGCUGAAACUGUGAAAACUGUGUUUAAAAACAACAAGCCUGAUACUGCUUCCCUGCCCAGUGUACCAGCAGGAGUCCAGCCGGGCCCGAGAAACGAUGAUGGGAACAGACAAAUGCUGCUGUGCCCAGGCGGUCUGAGGAUCCUGUUGGUGAAAGGAGAUGUGCAGAAUGCUAUGGCUGAUGUUGUCAUCAACUCCAUUCCUCGGGAUCUGAACCUUAAUAGUGGGCCCCUUUCUCAGGCCCUCUUGGCAAAAGCUGGGCCAAAUCUCCAGAAGGAAUUGAACGCAGCUGGACAAGGGAUAGCUGUUGAUGUGGGCACAGUUCUUCAAACCACUGGUUGUAAUCUGCAAUGCUACCAAGUGCUUCAUGUGGUGGCUCCGAGCUGGAACAAUGGCGAUACAUCUUCACAGAAGAUCAUGCAAGACAUAAUCAGAAAAUGUUUGGAAAUCACUGAGAACUUGUCCUUAAACUCAAUUGCGUUUCCAGCCAUAGGAACAGGCAAUUUGGGGUUUCCUAAGACUGUUUUUGCUGAGUUGAUCAUUUCGGAAGUGUUCAAAUUUAGUAGCAACAAUCAACCAACAGCUUUACAGGAGGUUUGCUUUCUGCUGCACCCGAGCGAUCACGGGAAUAUUCAGGCAUUUUCAGAUGAAUUUCAGAGAAGAGCUAAUGGAAAUUCCAUCAGUGACAAAAUUCCCAAGGCUCAGAAUACACAAGGUUUGUAUGGGACUGUUACCAGCCCUGCUUCAGGAGUGCAUGAAAUGAAAAUUGGCCCCAUCACCUUCCAGGUGGCCACUGGAGAUAUUGCUAAAGAAGAGGCAGAUGUGAUUGUAAAUUCAACAACAAAGACAUUUGAUCACAAAGCAGGGGUCUCCAAAGCAAUUUUGGAAAAGGCUGGACAAAAUGUGGAAAUAGAAUGUUCUCGCCUAGCUCAACAGCACAACAAUGGUUAUAUAAUUACUGAUGGUGGAGCACUGAAGUGCAAGAAUAUUAUUCAUGUCAUUGGUGGAGCUGAUGUCAAGAGAUCAGUUACCUGUGUUUUGCAAGAGUGUGAAAAAUUGAAUCACUCGACCAUUUGCCUCCCAGCCAUUGGGACAGGAAGUGCUCAACAAAACCCAGAUAAGGUUGCUGAAGCCAUAAUGGAUGCCAUUGAAGACUUUAUCCAGAAAGGACUUGUCCGGUCUCUGAAAAAAGUUAAAGUUGUUAUCUUUCAACCUCAAAUAAUGGAUGUUUUUUGUGCCAACAUGAAAAAAAGAGAAGGCUCCCAGGUUCCCUCACAGUCUAUAAUGUCCAAAAUUGCAUCAUUUUUAGGCUUCUCAAAGCAACCUCCCUCUAAACGAAAGCCUUUGGUUUUGGAGAAGAAAACAGAAUCAGCAAUUUUUCAGGUGUGUGGUGAGAAUGAAACAUGUGUACAAAACGCCGUCUCCUGCCUACAGAAUCUGAUGGAAAAGGAACAGAGUCUUUACAGCAGUGCAGAGGAAUUUAUCAAAGACUUUGAUGAAAAGGAAUAUCAGGAAUUGAAUAAGCUGCAGAAGGACUUAAAUAUUAUCGUGGACUUGGAUCAUCAGAAACCUUUGAUUAAGGUUUUAGGAAUUAUCAGAGAUGUAGAACAGGCUAGAAAUACAAUUGAGGAAAUGAUCAAGACAGUUAGAUCAGCCAAAGAGCAGGAAUCCAGAGCAGAUUAUAUCACUGACUUUGUAGAGUGGCAAUAUGACGACAAUAACACCUUUCGAAGUUUUGACAAAUUAACCAAUAUGAAAUUGGAGGAGGCAAGAAAAAAACAGGGAAAAACAGUUGAUGUCCAAAUUAAUAAUCAGAACUACAUGGUGGAUGUGAAAACCUGCAUUGCUACAGGUGCAAACGGACACACUUUACAAAUUCAGCGCAUCGCGAAACCUCAAGUUGAGAUCCCUGGACACUGGAGUGAUAUGAAGCAGCAGCGUGUCUGUCUGGUUGAGCUACAGCCUGGUCAACCAGAAUACAGCAAAGUGGCAGAUGCCUUCAAUCAGACCUGCUCACAAUUCAAGAUAGAGAAGAUUGAGAGAAUCCAAAAUCCAAGUCUCUGGCAGCACUACCAGACAAAGAAAAAAACCAUGGAUGACAAGAAUGGCCAAAUACAAAAUGAGAAGCUGCUCUUCCAUGGGACAGAUGCUGACUCCUUGCCACAUGUCAAUCAACAUGGCUUUAACCGCAGUUAUGCAGGAAAGAAUGCUGUGGCAUACGGAAGGGGAACCUACUUUGCUGUCCAGGCCCAUUAUUCUGCCCAUAAUACUUACUCCAGACCAGACGCAAAUGGGAAAAAGCAUAUGUAUUAUGUGCGCGUGCUUACUGGAUUGUACGCACUUGGAAACAAUUCAUUACUUGUGCCUCCUCCAAAGAAUCCUCAAAAUCCCCUUGACCUGUAUGAUACUGUCACAGAUAAUGUGAGCACUCCAAGUUUAUUUGUGGUAUUUUAUGACUACCAGGCUUACCCAGAAUACCUCAUUACUUUUAAAAAAUAACAUUUUGGUAUCCUUCACAGAAGACAUUAUUUAUCUACAAAAGUGAUUUUCAACAUUUUUCAACUCAAGGCACACAUGAACUAAUAACUAAAAUUCUGUGACACACCAAAAAAUAUAUUUUUUGCCGAUCUGACAGAAAAAUACCAACGGUUUGGUUUUGAUUCAUUCACAGCUAUUGUGCUGGCUCUAGUCAUUAAAAAUAUGUAUUUUUAUUGAUUUCAGAGAGGAAGGCAGAGGGAGAGAGAGAGAAACAUCAAUGAUGAGAGAAUCAUUGAUCGGCUGCCUCCUGCACACCCCAAGUAGGGAUUGAACCUGCAACAUGGGCAUGUGCCCUGACCAGGAAUUGAACCGUGACCUCCUGGUUCAUUGGUUGAUGCUCAAGCAUUGAGCCACUCUAGCCGGGUGGCUGUUGUCAUUUUUUUACUUGACAAUCUACUGGAAAAGAGGUCAGUGUCCCUGACUAGUCAGGUAUUGCAUGUUCUAAAAACUUUUGCGGCACACCAGUUGAAAAUUGCUGAUCUAUACUAUGUAUACACGUUUUAGAUUUUUUUUUUCUCUUAACCACUUAUUCUAAGAUCAAAGGAUCCUUGUCACUGAAAUUGGGCUUUCUUCAGCUUCGCUUUCAUAACUGCAGUGAGCUUUUCUUGAAAUCAACAAAUUUGAGAAUUUAAAUUAAUUUAGUUACAACUGUGUGCCCACAACUAUGGUCAUCAAAGUAGAAGAAGAGAACAGGUUUAUAUUUCUAGGAAGAAAAGGAAAGCCUUAAUCUUAAAAGCCGAGGGCACAGCUAUGCAAUUUCAGCUGCCACUGAAGGGAUGCCAUAUUACUGUGGGGAGCACAAUGUACUGAGUGAACUGCAGUCUUUUCUGGGGGCAGAGAUGGUGUCUUGUUAAUUUUAUUUUAUCCCUGGACUGAGGACUGCAUCUGAAGUCCAAUGGAUUUUUCCAGAAAUGUUUCAUAAACCAAGUAAGAAUGAAAAGGUCCCUCCAGCCCAGUGGUUCUCAACCUUCUUAAUGCCGCGACCCUUUAAUACAGUUCCUCAUGUUGUGGUGACCCCCAACCAUAAAAUUAUUUUGUUGCUACUUCUUAACUGUAAUUUUGCUACUGUUAUGAAUCGUAAUGUAAAUAUCUGUGUUUUCCGAUGAUCUUAGGCGACUCCUGUGAAAGGGUCGUUUGACACCCAAAGGGGUGGUGACCCACAGGUUGAGAACUGUUGCUCCAGCCAGUUUGGCUCAGUGGAUAGAGUGUCAGCCUGUGGACCAAAGGGACAAAAUGUGCACCAAUAAAAAGGUGCACAUUCAAGUCAAGGUUUGAUUCAAGUCAAGGACAUGUACCUUGGUUGCAGGCUCCUCCCUGGCCCAGGCCCUGGUUGGGUGAGGAUUAACAAAAAAAUAAAAAGUCUGAAAAGGUCUAGUCAGACUCCUAUCCAAGUAGGAACCAUUUCUUCUACAUCCUUGACUUAUUGUCAUGUUGCCUCAAAUCGAACAGAUUCCGUGAUAGGGAACUUUGUUUUCAUGAGCCAGCCCGUGACAGAGGGACUGCAGUUGGGGCUCUGGGCCUGCAGUGCAGCUGGGCCCUGCCCAGCCCAGGGCUGGGGUCUGCCUUGUUGUGUAGAUGAAUCGUGGCCCCUGGAGUUGUGCAGCACAGCAGGCCUGGCCCCAGUUGGUCCUUUCAAUGUUGAAUCCAAUUCUGCCUUCUUAUAACUCCUCAUUGGUGCACAUUUUGUCCCAGUGGAAACAGUAGGAUAAGGCCUGCUACAUUUUUAGUGUGAAACCCUCUGUUACGUUAAGAUGAAAUGAAUUCUAAGAUUAUUGAAUGGCACACUUGCUUUGGCAGCCUAGCUUUUGAUGAUUUAACUUUUCCCUAGGUAAAUUUCAGGCUCAAACACUGCUUAUUGAGCACUUAGCUUGUACCAGAUAGUAUAAUAGAUGCUUUCAUAUACAGUACUAAUUUUAUUCCCCAAACAAUCAUGUGAGGUAAGAAUUAUAUCCCCAUUUUAAAGCUGAGGAAACUGAUGCUCAGAGUGCAAGCAGCUUCCUUGCCUGAGGUCGGUCACCUAGGUAACGGCCCUCAGAGCCAGCAGAAUCAGGUCCCUGUGUCAUCAAGCCCUCUGUUCUCAUGACAGAACAUGGCCUCUAGAUGAAUGUUACUAAUCCAGGAACAUCUCAGCUAAUCUGCGAACCGCUUAUAUAUUUCCUUCUGGCUCUGGUUUCUAUCCUAGUUUUCAUUUGAAGCUCUGUAGUCCGAGGUCAGAGCUGAUGCCCAAGCAAAGCCUGUACAGAAGGUGCACUCUGACACCAGGGGUCGCUCUUCCCUUGCCAUGGGGAACAGCACCUGAGCUUCAAGUAGAAGUAGGUGAUUGAGAGGGCCAUACAUAGUAGCUGCUUCAUUAACAGAGACAUCUUGACAUUUUUCUUGCUGUUGUUCUUUGUUUUGUAAGGGGAUUGGGCACCUGCAUCUCAACUAGGACUUGACCAUGAAUGUAAGAAAGAAAAAAGGAGAGGCCCGCUCUCUAUUGCUGUUCCUCCAGUGGUUUGGUUAACUGAGGGCAAGGCUGACUGUCAGGGUGCAUUGAAUCAAGGUAUAAUGAUCCAGUCAGUAAAUGUUAAGUUAUCCCCAAUCAAGAGAAAUAUGUCACGUAUCUGCUUUUUGAAUAAAAGACUUGGAAAAUGUCA